AUGUUGAGUUUUGUUGUUCAUCAGGUCGAAACCGACCAGACUCUAAUUAGUUUUCUUAAAAAAAGAUUCAAGACUACUUCUUUGAGUUUAAUUUACAAGUUAUUUCGCACUAAGAAAAUAAAAGUAGAUGGAGAAAAUGUUCGUUAUUAUCACUAUCGCUUGAAGGCUGGUGAAAAAAUUGAAAUCUAUGAUAAUUAUUUAAAGCAAUCUAAUUUAGUUGUUUAUCCACCUUCUCAUUCUAAGGUAUAUUUCGAAAUUAUCUAUGAAGACCAAAAUAUUUUAAUUGUUUUAAAAGAGCACGGGAUACCUAUGCCAAGUUUAGAUAAUGCCGUAAGAUAUUAUCUCUUAAAAAAGGACCCUAUUGAUUAUCAGCAGAAAAUUAAGCAAUUGUUCGUUUUGAUUGCCGCUCAUCGGCUAGAUAGACUAACCAAAGGACUAGUUAUUUACCCCAAAAAUCCUCUGGCUAAAAAGGUAUUGUAUAAAGCGAUUGGUGACAAAAGCAAAAUUACUAAAAAAUAUUUAGCAAUCUGCGAGAAUAACCCCGCUAAAAUUUUACCUAAUUAUGUUAGUGGCUAUUUAUGA